GAAUGUGGGCUACAUACAUUCUUUUUCAGAAAACAUUUGGAACAAUUGAAAAAGAAAAGAAUAACAGUGUUCUAGCAAAAUUUAUUCAGGAUUCCGUGUAAGACACGUCGAACGGGACGUGCUUCUGAUUAUAACGACUUGUGUCGUAAUGCGGUUUUCAUUAUCGUCAGCUGGUAGUGUGGACCUCGAAUGUAUAUCAACAAGUGGGUUGGUCAUAAGAAAACUAAAUUUUUCUGUUGUCAAACAAAAAGUUAUUCUUAACAAUGCCAAAAGACAGAUUAGCUGAAUUGCAUGCAAAAAAUGGAGGACAUCAAUGUGAUGAAGAAGACACUUUGUUGGAAGUUCGGAUACAUCCAUCUAAGUUUUAUCAAAGAACAGAAGUUCUUGAGGCAUCAUUAUGUAAAAUUCAAGAACAAAUAAAUCAGCAGAAAAUCCUGCAAGAAAGUGUUCUUGCCUCCUCAACAAAUCAAAGUUCAAAGGAGAACCUGGAGAGGGUAUCAAAGUCAAUCACAACAAAUAUGAUGCAGACUGGAAAAGACCUGAAAGAUUUGAAAUUGGCAGCCGCCAAGGAUUUUCACAAUCGGAAAAUUACCGAAACAGAAUUUCGUAUGGUUAACAAUUUGCAAUCAUCUCUAACCAUUAGAUUUCAGGCAUUAUGGGACGAAUUAUGUUGUAUUCGCAACGCGUACGAAAGUAAAUGCAAAAGAAGGAUUCAACGCCAGUUGGAGAUCGCUGGCUACGAAAUGGGCGAUGACGAAGUUGAGACUGCGCUGACUUCUGGAUUAUCAGUCUUUUCAAAAGAGUUCGGGGAAUGUGAAGCUGCAAAAUUGGCUCUCCGCGACCUUGAAAACAGACGUCAAGAAUUGCUCGGCUUGGAGAAGAAUAUACAAGAAAUGCAUGACUUGUUUGUGGAACUCAACCUUUUAGUAGAGUGCCAGGGUGAAGUUGUUAACAGCAUAGAAAAGAAUGUUAGUCAGGCGGUAGGCAAUGUAGAAGGCGGGAAGCACCAUUUGCAAGAAGCAAAGCAGAAACAGACAUCGUUCCGCAAAAAAAAGGUCGUUUGCAUUGCCGUUGUUGUUGGAAUGCUAGUCCUGGCAGUCGUCAUCACAAUAUCCAUUAUUUUCGGAUAGACACAAGUAUCUCAUUCUUGGUUUGAUUCUUAGGCUAUUGUAAAAUAAUUUGGUGACGGCAGUUCACAAAGCUGCAAGUUCAACUAUUCGGUCCAGAAUUUGUUAGAGGUACCUUAGUGGUUGGAAUUUCGCACGUUUUAUUUUUAGCUUUCAUUUGUUAUUUCUUUUCUUGUUUUCCCGUUCGAUCAUCUACAUAGUAAUUUAGAUUUAGCGUGACUUAGUUUACAUUCCAAAUUAGGGAUUAAUAAGAAGUUUGUAUUAUGCAGUAAUUGUACACUGAUACCGUUUAACUUGCUAUCGGAAUGCAAUUAUUUGUGCCACAAAUAGACUCCGACUUAUAAGACAGCAAAAAAUAUUUGUAGAAGCAAAGAAGUAAACAACUAGCAUAUU